GCAGCAACGUGAAGAAAACAAUCGUACCCGGGAACACGGUGCAGCGCGAGGAGACGGAACGAGGUCGGCACAUGAAGUUAGCAGACAGUUAGCAUGGACUCUACAGGACAAUAUUCCUAACCUGGAGGAAUUCUUUCCAUCUGUGGACACUUCCGGACUACAGGAAUAUUAAUAAGCCAGGAAAGGACGGGGACUGGAGGUUUAGGACAGACUCCAGCUCAUCUGUGGGACGAGACCCUUCUGACUUCAGGACGUCCGUCUGAAUUAGUUCCCCCUGAAGAACAAGAAUGAGUUCUCCACAAAAGAAUCCAGAGUGAGUCCAGCAGCCCCAGUGGAGAUCUGCUGGAUCUCAGGACCAGAGAGGAAUGGAGGAGGACAACCAGAACCAGGAGCAGCGGAGCACCGAGGUCCCCAGAAGACCAGCAGCAGACUGGGACUCUGAUAGCAGCCAUGUUCAGGAGCCCUCAGCAGACGUCAAGCUGGCGACCGUAGCAGGGAAGAAGGGCAAGAAGGAUGAGGACAAGCAGCCUGCAGGUCCUCCAACAGCAGCAGCAGAGGAGGAAGAGGAGGAUUAUGAGGUGGAGAAGAUUUUGGACCACAGAGUGGUGAAGGGAAGAGUAGAGUUUCUGCUGAAAUGGAAGGGGUUCUCACAUGAGGAUAACACAUGGGAGCCGCAAGACAACCUGGACGGCCCCAACCAUAUCACUGAGUACAUGCAGAAACACAAGGAGAAGGAGGAGAAAAAGAAGGAGGGCAAGAGGAAAGUUGUCAGUGAGGCCUCGGGAGACUCAGAGGAGCGAGGGAGCAAGAGGAAGGAGGAGGAGGAGCCCUCAGCAGAUGUCAAGCUGGCCACCGUAGCAGGAAAGAAGGCCGAGGAGGAGGAGGAGGAGCAGCCUGCAGAUCCUUCUGCAGCAGCAGACAAGAAGGAGGAGGAGGAGGAGGAGGAGGAAGAGGAGGAAUAUGUGGUGGAGAAGGUUUUUGACCGCAGAGUGGUGAAGGGAAGAGUAGAGUUUCUGCUGAAAUGGAAGGGGUUCUCAGAUGAGGAUAACACAUGGGAGCCGGAAGACAACCUGGACUGCCCCGACCUUAUCGCUGAGUACAUGCAGAACCACAAGGAGAAGGAGGAGAAGAAGGAGGGCAAGAGGAAAGUUGUCAGUGAGGCCUCAGGAGACUCAGAGGAGCGAGGGAGCAAGAGGAAGAAGGAGGAGAAACGGAGAGGAGGAGAGGGACCCAAACGUCACCACUGUCAACACUGUAACAAAUCCUUCACAAAAUCUGGAUAUUUAAAGAUUCAUCACAGAGUUCACACUGGAGAGAAGCCUUACAGCUGUGAUCAAUGUGGGGCAGCUUUCACACAACAGAGUAGCCUAAAAAACCAUCAACGCAUUCACACUGGAGAGAAGCUGUACAGCUGUGAUCAAUGUGGGGCAGCUUUCACACAACAGGGUAACCUAAAAAACCAUCAACGCAUUCACACUGGAGAGAAGCCGUACAGCUGUGAUCAAUGUGGGGCAGCUUUCACACAACAGGGUAACCUAAAAAACCAUCAACGCAUUCACACUGGAGAGAAGCCGUACAGCUUUGAUCAAUAUGGGGCAGCUUUCACACAACAGGGUAACCUAAAAAACCAUCAACGCAUUCACACUGGAGAGAAGCCGUACAGCUGUGAUCAAUGUGGGGCAGCUUUCAAACUGCAGUGUAACCUAAAAAACCAUCAACGCAUUCACACUGGAGAGAAGCCAUACAGCUGUGAUCAAUGUGGGUCAGCUUUCACACUACAGGGUAACCUAAAAAACCAUCAACGCAUUCACACUGGAGAGAAGCCGUACAGCUGUGAUCAAUGUGAGAAAACGUUCACCACUCCAGGAGAAGUUGAAAUCCACCGACGUGUUCACACUGGAGAGAAGCCGUAUUGCUGUGAACAAUGUUGGAAAACUUUUUCUCGGAGUAGUCACCUUAAAACCCACCAGCGCAUUCACACUGGAGAGAAGCCUUACUGGUGUGAACAAUGUGGGAAAACUUUUUCUUGGUGUAAUAGCCUUAAAUAUCACCAGCGCAUUCACACUGCCUCGUAGUGAACAUGUUUCCGAGCCAAGCUGUUUCCUCCUGUCUCCUCCUCAUGCCCUGAUAGCUGAGUUGUUAUAUUCUGAUCUUCUCUCCACAUUGAAGGCUGACCAGCAGUAACUUGAUCUUCUCAACAGCAUGGAUGUUAUCCUGGAUCAGCUGGACACUCGAACACUCGACUUAAAACUUAUUUGCAACGUUCAUUGACACUUUUUUGGCGAUUUUUUUUUUUAUUUAUUCUAAUGUUGAAGCUGUUUUACCACAAUGUUCCCACAGUGUGAAGGGGAAGGCCCAGAGGCGACCAUUUAGUGUUUGCUCUGCGUAAACGUUAAGAGGUUUAAAAUGUUUCAGUUGGAAAACGUAGGCAUGUUUGUUUGGUAAAAACUUUGCUCUCAUCUUUUGAAACAUAUUACAUGUUUUUAAAAAAUUUUUUGCCUGACAGGAAGUCGGUCUAAUUUUCAUUUUAGGAUUACAUGUUACAGGACAUUUAUUAAUCUGACAUCUGUAGAAUAACGUCAAUGAUUCAUUUGUUUUAAAUGUCUGGAAAUGUGGAUCAACUAAAUGCAAAAUAAAUGAAAUAAAACAAG